AUGGCGUUUGAGGAUAAGCAGAAAAAACCUUUACGUUCCUGCGUUCGGUGUCGUAAGAACAAAACGAAAUGCGAUUCGAUAUGUAUGAGACCUGGUCCAUGCACACCCUGUUCAAGGAAAGGUGUGGAAUGUGUGCUAGAUUACGUGGCUCCUCCGCAGAGAUCGAAGGAGUUAAGAGUUUUAUGUGAUAGUGUUGAUUAUGUUCGAGAAAGCUUGGAUAUGUUGUGUCAGAGUUAUGAUAAGCUGUUGAAAGAGGUAGGCGAACUGCCCAGUCCUGUGAAGAACGUCAAAUGUUCGAGCACUAAGGUUCUUAAAAUAGCGGAAAAUUCGUUCGUGGUGAUUUCGCUUGAUGACUACGGACUUAAGGUUAACGAUUUCAAGAUAGGCAAAGAAUCAGUUGAAAGUGCAUUUCGCGAUUUUCGUCGUGUACUGAGUAAUGUGCUGGUUUUGUACGGUAGAUGGGAGAGUGGUGUUGAAAAAGGAUUUGUUGAAGGUGUGCAUGAUGAAUUUUUGGCUCAGUAUCGGUUUGAUAGUCUGUUUCGAAGUAAUCAAUUGUUAGUUUUGCUGUGCAUACUCAAUUUUUAUUUUGAUGUACCGGGACUGGAUUAUUUAUUGCUGUUUGAUAAUGUCGUCGAUGAUUAUUGUACCCUGGCGGUAGACGACUAUGGAAGUGGACGUAGUUUUACGCGGAAAUCGCUUGCGAAAGUGGUAGUGGGAACUGUACCGACGUCUCUGAGUACCGAGUUUCACAGUGAGUUGUUUGUGAAGAGGUUUACAUUGUAUUUAUUUUUUCAUGUGGUAUUUUAUGGGCCAGCGCACUUUUUGGAUUCGUUUUUAUACAAGUAUAUCAAAACUUUGGAAAAUCUAAGGAAAAAGAUAAACUUUGAUCGAAAUUGGGAAGUCAGAUGGGUUAACUUUUACAUUCGGCUGUUUGAUCUAGUCGAACAUGGUGGAGGUAGUGUAGAAUCAUGGGACAAGAGUAAUGUGUUUGUCAGCAUGGUUAAAAGUGAUGAAGAAGUUUUAGGAGGAGGAGAUUUGGGUAAAGAAUUUUGUAAUGUUGUGGAAAGCGUGUACUCAGAUCUGAUCGAAUUUUACGACGUAGACGAGUGGAGGUUAGCGUUUGUAAAUUUGUUCUUCACGCAGGUAGUGGUUUUGAAUUUGAUUUUGUGCGUAAAUCGUUGCGGAGGUUUAAGGGAUUUGUUGGAGUCGUUUUCGUUUAAUGGUUUCAAUUUUGACGUUUAUGAGGCUCUGACAGAUGAGCUGCACGAUGGUGAGGCACAAGAAUAUUAUUUAUUGCAAGGGAAGUUGAGGUACGUGAACAAGUAUGUUGUUUUAAAAGUGAUCGGUUGUAGUGUUGGGGAACAUAAGGCAACGGUAAGUGAAAGUGACGUGUACUACAUGAUAGGUAGAGAUGCAAGAGAGAACACUCAGAGAAGAAAUAUUUACAAGAGUUCGUGUAAAUUGAUAUGGAACCUAUACCAGUUGGUGGUUUAUGAGGACAUGUUAUCCAAAGUCUGUAGCGUCAUUCCAGUAGAAUGGGAUCCACAAAGCUCGUUGGAAGCUUGUGGGUUAGUGGCUAAGUUCAACGAUGUUAGAUCCAAAGAACUGCCCUCUAUCUUACAAGACGUGGAUUGGGUUAAGGAGAGCGCAGAUGAUGUGUUGAGAAAGAUACAUGGUGUUAUAUAA